AAAAACGACGAUGACGAACAAAACAACCAGACUACUUCUAUUGCUUGUGUUUACAGCCUUGGCUGGGCGGCAACAAGUUGAUGCUGCUGUAGCGGGUCUCAAGUGCAGUGGUAAAGCUGCUAUCUGUGUGGGACCAACUAGCUAUCAGGCGUGUGUGGAUGAUGUGGCCACGGGCAGCAUUGUUUCGUGCCAGGCCAAUACGCGUUGUGUGACCGAUGGAGUCGAGAUUUGUGUGGCCAUUAAGAUAACAGCCGAGGCACCGACAGCAGCUGUGGCCAAAAUGGUGACAGUCACUGAUGGGCCAGUAAGUGGCAGUAUCGCUGACUCCGCUGCUUUAGUUGAAGCCGUAUCAUUUUCCUCCACCGACGGUGUUGCGCCCGCAGAGACAUCGUCCGCCGCGAUAGAGACAACAACCGUGAGUGCUGCUGAUGGGCCGACAACCACCACUUUGUCGGAGGAUACAACCAGUGAUCCUAAUGGCCCCGUGGAUACCACAACACCGGCAGUAGUGGAUGAAACCACAGGACCAGCUGAACCCUCCAAUCCCCAGGAAACCACUGCCGAGCCAGGGGUAACAGAUUCGAAUACACCAAAUGAACCAGCGGGAACAACGUAUGCACCAGGAGAACUGAGCCCCAAUGGUCCAGCUGACACCACCGAAGACCCAGUAAAUCCAAAUUCACCACAAGAAACUACUCCCAUAUCCGACGAUCCCGCAGGAACAACUAAUGAUCCAUGGUCAACUGAUGCCCCAGGAACUUCAGUAGACCCUGAUGUUCCUGCCGGAACAACCGAUGCUCCAGGAACUCCAGCUGAUCCUGAGAUACCCGCCGGAUCAACCGCUGCUCCAGGAACUCCAGCUGACCCCAAUGCUCCUGCUGGAUCAACCGCAGCUCCAGGAACUCCUGCUGACCCCAAUGCUCCUGCUGAAUCAACCGCUGCUCCAGGCACUCCUGCUGAUCCCAAUGCUCCUGCUGGAUCAACCGAUGCUCCAGGAACUCCUGCUGAUCCCAAUGCUCCUGGUGAAACAACCGCUGCUCCAGGAACUCCGGCUGACCCCAAUGCUCCUGUUGAAACAACCGCUGCUCCAGGCACCCCUGUAGAUCCCAAUGCUCCUGCUGGAUCAACCGCAGCUCCCGGAACUCCUGCUGACCCCAAUGCUCCUGCCGGAUCAACCGCUGCUCCAGGCACCCCUGUAGAUCCCAAUGCUCCUGCUGGAUCAACCGCAGCUCCCGGAACUCCUGCUGACCCCAAUGCUCCUGUCGAAACAACCGCUGCUCCAGGUACUCCUGCUGACCCCAAUGCUCCUGGUGAAACAACCGCAGCUCCAGGUACUCCAGCUGACCCCAAUGCUCCUGCUGGAUCAACCACUGCUCCAGGAACUCCUGCUGACCCCAAUGCUCCUGUUGAAACAACCGCUGCUCCAGGCACCCCUGUAGAUCCCAAUGCUCCUGCUGGAUCAACCGCAGCUCCCGGAACUCCUGCUGACCCCAAUGCUCCUGUCGAAACAACCGCUGCUCCAGGUACUCCUGCUGACCCCAAUGCUCCUGUUGAAACAACCGCUGCUCCCGGAACUCCUGCUGACCCCAAUGCUCCUGCUGGAUCAACCGCAGCUCCAGGAACUCCUGCUGACCCCAAUGCUCCUGCUGAAUCAACCGCUGCUCCAGGCACUCCUGCUGAUCCCAAUGCUCCUGCUGGAUCAACCUCUGCCCCAGGAACUCCUGCUGACCCCAAUGCUCCUGUCGAAACAACCGCUGCUCCAGGCACCCCUGUAGAUCCCAAUGCUCCUGCUGGAUCAACCGCAGCUCCCGGAACUCCUGCUGACCCCAAUGCUCCUGCUGGAUCAACCGCAGCUCCCGGAACUCCUGCUGACCCCAAUGCCCCUGCCGGAUCAACCGCAGCUCCCGGAACUCCUGCUGACCCCAAUGCUCCUGUCGAAACAACCGCUGCUCCAGGUACUCCUGCUGACCCCAAUGCUCCUGCUGGAUCAACCGCAGCUCCCGGAACUCCUGCUGACCCCAAUGCUCCUGCCGGAUCAACCGCUGCUCCAGGUACUCCAGCUGACCCCAAUGCUCCUGCUGGAUCAACCGCUGCUCCAGGAACUCCAGCUGAUCCCAAUGCUCCUGCUGGAUCUACUAUAGCUCCAGCAACUCCUGCUGAUCCCAAUGCACCUGCUGGAUCAAGCGUUGCACCAGGUACUCCUGCUGACCCCAAUGCUCCCGCUGGAUCAACCGCUGCUCCAGGAACCCCAGCUGACCCUAAUGCUCCUGCCGGAUCAACCGCUGCUCCAGGAACCCCAGCUGACCCCAAUGCUCCUGGCGGAUCAACCGCUGCUCCAGGAUCCCCAGCUGACUCCAAUGCUCCUGCCGGAUCAACCGCUGCUCCAGGAACCCCAGCUGACCCCAAUGCUCCUGCCGGAUCAAGCGUUGCGCCAAGCACUCCUGCUGACCCCAAUGCUCCUGUUGGAUCAACCGCUGCUCCAGGAACCCCAGCUGACCCCAAUGCUCCUGCCGGAUCAACCGCUGCUCCAGGAACCCCAGCUGACCCCAAUGCUCCUGGCGGAUCAACCGCUGCUCCAGGAUCCCCAGCUGACUCCAAUGCUCCUGCCCGAUCAACCGCUGCUCCAGGAACCCCAGCUGACCCCAAUGCUCCUGCCGGAUCAAGCGUUGCGCCAAGCACUCCUGCUGACCCCAAUGCUCCUGUUGGAUCAACCGCUGCUCCAGGAACCCCAGCUGACCCCAAUGCUCCUGCCGGAUCAACCGCUGCUCCAGGAUCCCCAGCUGACCCCAAUGCUCCUGCCGGAUCAACCGCUGCUCCAGGCACCCCAACUGACCCCAAUGCUUCUGCCGGAUCAAGCGUUGCGCCAGGCACUCCUGCUGACCCUAAUGCUCCUGUUGGAUCAACCGCUGCUCCAGGAACCCCAGCUGACCCCAAUGCUCCUGGCGGAUCAACCGCUGCUCCAGGAUCCCCAGCUGACUCCAAUGCUCCUGCCGGAUCAACCGCUGCUCCAGGAACCCCAGCUGACCCCAAUGCUCCUGCCGGAUCAAGCGUUGCGCCAAGCACUCCUGCUGACCCCAAUGCUCCUGUUGGAUCAACCGCUGCUCCAGGAACCCCAGCUGACCCCAAUGCUCCUGCCGGAUCAACCGCUGCUCCAGGAACCCCAGCUGACCCCAAUGCUCCUGGCGGAUCAACCGCUGCUCCAGGAUCCCCAGCUGACUCCAAUGCUCCUGCCCGAUCAACCGCUGCUCCAGGAACCCCAGCUGACCCCAAUGCUCCUGCCGGAUCAAGCGUUGCGCCAAGCACUCCUGCUGACCCCAAUGCUCCUGUUGGAUCAACCGCUGCUCCAGGAACCCCAGCUGACCCCAAUGCUCCUGCCGGAUCAACCGCUGCUCCAGGAUCCCCAGCUGACCCCAAUGCUCCUGCCGGAUCAACCGCUGCUCCAGGCACCCCAACUGACCCCAAUGCUUCUGCCGGAUCAAGCGUUGCGCCAGGCACUCCUGCUGACCCUAAUGCUCCUGUUGGAUCAACCGCUGCUCCAGGAACCCCAGCUGACCCCAAUGCUCCUGGCGGAUCAACCGCUGCUCCAGGAUCCCCAGCUGACUCCAAUGCUCCUGCCGGAUCAACCGCUGCUCCAGGAACCCCAGCUGACCCCAGUGCUCCUGCCGGAUCAAGCGUUGCGCCAGGCACUCCUGCUGACCCCAAUGCUCCUGCUGGAUCAACCGCUACUCCAGGAACCCCAGCUGACCCCAAUGUUCCUGCUGUUUCAACCGCUGCCCCGGGUACUCCAGCUAAUCCUAAUGUUCCUUCUGUUUCAACCGCUGCCCCGGGUACCCCAGCUAAUCCUAAUGUUCCUUCUGUUUCAACCACUGCUCCGGGAACUCCAGCUAGCCCCAAUGUUAGUUCUGGUUCAGCCGCUGCUGCUGGCAAUCCAGUUGCUUCUAACGUUCCCUCUGCCUCUGCUGUUGCUCCAGGAAUUUCAACUAAUCCCAAUUCACCAGCCAUUCCUUCGAUUCCUGUACAUCCAGGCAAUCCUGGCGCUUGGCCUUGGCGUCCCGUACAUCCAAAUCAAGCCCUUAUCCCAGGAGGUCAUCCGUGGUCCACUUUCCGCCCUUAUCCAGCUCAGCCACAGAGACCAUUUUGGCCUGUUCGUCCCCAGCAUCCAAUAGCUAAUGGAGGCCAACCCAUCCCAUCGCAAAGACCCCCCCUGCCAUUCUGGGCAAACUGGCACAACUGGGCUAACAGCUGGCGCACCACCACGCAGUCCUCGACAGAGGCGACAGCAACCAGCCCAACUCCCAAAUCUGAAACGGCAGAGUCGGUGGAACAGCCAUCAGCUGGUGGUCCUUCUAUUUCCAACGAAAACGCUUCCGUAGAAGAUAGCAACAAGAGUACCAGGGAUAAACCGAAAUCUGCAGAAAACAGCUCGACCGAGGACAAAAAGGAGAAAAAGCAAUCAAAAGACUCUGCAGAAGAGAGCAAUAAAAAAUCCAAGGAAACACAAAAAUCUGCUGAAGAUCAAUCCAAAGAGCAAAAACCUACUUCCACAGAGAAUAAUUCAACGGAGGACAGAAAAGAGAAGCCUAGCAAGUCAAAAGACUCUAAAGAAUCCAACGACGAAGAAGAAGAGGACAAUGAGAAACCUAGUUCCAAGGAAAAGAAACAGUACAUAAAGGACAUCAUCAAGAAACUAAAGAACGAAGACGAAUGUGACGAAGGUGAUCUGUACCCGGACGUAAGAGAUUGUCGUAAAUAUUAUCGCUGCGAGAUAAAGAAAUCAGGCAAACAUAAGUUGUCUCACAAUCGCUGUGAGAAUAGCAAAGAUCGCUUUGAUUUCCUCAGCCUGAAAUGUUUGCCCAAGGACGAGGCUGUCUGCCUAAACAAGUGAGCAGAUAAGCAAACAACGACAAAUCAAAAGUGCAUUCAAAAGCUAAAGUAUUCCAACAACUAAAACUGUAUAAUCUAAAAUGAAUUUACAAGAACUUUAUAAUAUUUGCAAAAAGUAUAUAUAUACCUACCUUAUCCAACACAUUUCCUUUAAUUUAUUGUAAUUUAAAUACAACUGGUUCCUUUAAAUAAAUUAUAUUAAAAUCGGCAACAAAUAUAUAUGAAACCUGGAA